CUUCAGCCUCAUUAACGAAAACAGAGGGGGAGCCAAGCGAUUGUUGCAGACGCCGAUGUAUCAGUAAACGAGCACAGCGCUGACGACGGGGGACAGAGACACACACGGCGCUGACUUCCCACGAUAUUUGUCGUUUUGCGAGCCUAUUUUUCUUUUAUUUAUUCUUUCCUUUUUUUUUUCUCUUGUGCAGCUCGCUAGUCGGCUAUUCUGUGCGCGCCCCGCUCGUGACCGCAGGCGGUUGACCUAAAGGAAGAAAGUAUGAUAGCGCCGACACACGUAUGCACAGGACGUGCCUUUCUACACGUGCCGAAUGGCUGCCGUCUGACCUCGGCGUGCGAUUGUUUUGCUCCGUGCUUGGCGAGGCCGGCGCAUCGGGGCGCGCACGUCGGCGGCGCUCCUCCUCGCCGAUGCCGCUCGACAGACAAUCCAGCGCCAGUUCCGGUCAGUGGUAGGGCUGCUCGUGCGAUUGCGAUCGAGUGCGCCUCGUUAUCGGAGUCCAGCGAACUCUAUUUCAACCUCGAGUGUAUAUUCCAGCUCGUGUGCAAGCAGGGGGGUCUGUCUCCUGGCGAGUGCCUGCGUCGUGUGUGUGCGGACAUCGCUCGCAACUGCACACUGUCGAUGAUCCCGCGAUCUCCUCGUCGCCGGUGCCGCAAGCGCGCUUGCCAGCGAGCCGCGUCGCUCCAAGCAGAGGCAGCGACGACGCGUGAGUGUCCAUCCGCCACUGUAGUGUCACGUAGGCGCUCUCCCCGGGCUUGGUGGGGGGUGGAGUCCUCAAGGUCUCCCUGCUACGGUCGAAGCCGGCCAGCGAGGCCGGGGGCGCCCAUUUCCCGCAUGUUCGACGCGUGCCGUGCCUUCCACGCAGCGUCCUGAGUGUCUCCAGCAGGGGUCAGCGCGACAUCGUCAGAAUCACCAUGACAUCCGUGCGAGGCCAAGUCGUUCAGCUGUACAAAAAUCUCCUGCACCUUGGGCGUGACUACCCAAAAGGCUACGACUACUUCCGGAGUCGGCUGAAGGCGGCCUUCCUCAAGAACCGCGACGUCAAGGACCCUGAGCAGUUGACCAUGCUGCUUGCCAGGGGCCAGUACAUCAUCAAGGAGCUCGAGGCACUCUACAUGCUGAAGAAGUACCGUACGCUCAAGAAGCGCUACUACACCGACACCCCUUCAUAAUAAAAUGGCCACACGGCUGCGCUUUGCGAGUUGGUAGAGGUACAAGAA